GCUGGACUGCUCCUCGUCAGGGGGGGGUCAACAAGUUCACAGCGCGUGCUCUUUCUUUGGUAACCACCCGAUUCCUCAAAAUCCAUCGUUCUGACGUCACGUUACCGUCUGCAAGUGAAUCAGCGGAUGCACGGAAGGCUCGGGGUCGCUCGCGUCCGUGCACGCUGGAAAAGGGGGCGCGUUCUGCGGGGGGGUGAGGAGGGGGGUCACGCCCCCACCAUCAGACCUACAAAUAAGACCGAGAUAGCGGAGUGGAGUGACACUGCGAGGCGAAGCACCACCCACGGCAGAACACAGCAGCAGGCAUGGCGCAAGCUCUGGACAUCGAUCGCUGGAACCUGGAGUGUGAGUUCAACAACGUCGACCACCGCACCGACCUCAACGGCGCCGAGCGUCUGAUCGUGAGGAGAGGCCAGCCGUUCACCAUCAGCCUGUUCCUCCGCUCCGGAAGCCACCAACCGGGGCUCAGCUCUCUGGACUGCGUCGCGGAGACGGGUCCUCAACCCUCUGAGCAGUAUGGCACCAGGGCCUCUUUUGGUCUGUCUGCCAACGUGGACGCUUCCUGCUGGAGCGCCGCCGUCACCAGCCCCCCCGGGGACAUGGUGGCCCUGUCCGUCUGCGCCGCCCCCGACGCACCGAUCGGCCGCUACACCCUGACCCUGGGCGGAUCCGGGCGGAUCCAGUUCAUCCUGCUCUUUAACCCGUGGUGCACAGGAGACGCGGUUUAUAUGGACAACCAGCAGAGCUUGGCCGAGUACGUCUUGUCUCAGGAUGGGAUCAUCUAUCGAGGCAGCUACAAGCAUCCCAUAACAACUCCCUGGAACUUUGGACAGUUUGAAAGUGGAAUCCUGGACAUCUGCCUGAGGAUUUUGGAUAUGAAUCCUAAAUGUCUGAAGAACCCUGGCAAGGACUGCUCAGGGAGGAGAAACCCCAUCUAUGUUUCCAGAGUGCUCAGCGCCAUGGUGAACUGUAACGAUGACAAAGGGGUGUUGCUGGGGAAAUGGACAGACGGCUACGAAGGCGGAGUCAGCCCCAUGUUCUGGAGGGGCAGUGUGGAGAUUCUGCGCAACUGGGACACCGAAGCCUGCCAGCCCGUCCGCUACGGGCAGUGCUGGGUGUUUGCCGCGGUGGCCUGUUCGGUGUCCAGAGCCCUGGGCAUCCCCUGCCGGGUCGUCACCAACUACCUGUCGGCCCACGACAACAACGGCGACCUGGUGAUCGAACGCCACAUCAACGAAAAAGGAGAACUCAUCCAGUCCAGAGAAAUGAUCUGGAACUACCACUGCUGGGUGGAGAGCUGGAUGACCAGGCCGGACCUCAAAUCCCACUUUGACGGCUGGCAGGUCAGCGACCCGACCCCUCAGGAGAAAAGCGAAGGAUCCUACUGCUGCGGCCCCGUCCCCGUCCGGGCCAUCAAGGAGGGCGAGCUCACCUUCAAGUACGACGCCCCGUUCGUCUUCGCCGAGGUCAACGCCGACGUCGUCACCGUCAUGAAGAAGCCCGACGGCGGCACGUCGAGGGUCACCAGCGCGGCGGUGGUCGGCCAGAAGAUCAGCACGAAGAGCGUCGGCAGCGACGCCAGAGAGGACAUCACCCACCUGUACAAGUACCCCGAAGGCUCUGACGAGGAGCGGGAGGCUUUCCAGAAGGCCGGCCACCAAAACAAGCUGCUCCAGCAGCAGCAGAACCAGGGCCUGGACCUCGCCAUCAAAGUGACCUCGGACAUGAGGAAGGGCUGCGACUUCGACGUGUUCGCCGUGGUCACGAACAACACUCAGAGUGAGAAGAAGUGCCGCCUGGUGUUCGGGUCCUGCGCCGUCUCCUACACCGGCAUUCUGGGAGAUAACUGUGGCUUUAAAGAUCUGCUCAACGUGGAACUCUCCCCGGGAGCAGACCGGCGAGUUCCGCUCAGGCUGAACUACUCUAAGUACGGCGGCCUGCUGACCGAGGACAACUUGAUCCGCGUGGCCGCUCUGUUGAUGGACUACUCCACGAGAGACGCAACGCUGGCCGUGAGGAACAUCGUCCUGGAGAACCCUGAAAUCAAAGUCAGAAUUCUGGGCGAACCGAAGGAGAAUCGAAAGCUGGCUGCAGAGAUCACGCUCCGCAACCCUCUGCCGGAGACGCUGGAGAACUGCUGCUUCAGCAUCGAGGGGGCCAACCUCACCGCAGGAGGCGUCAUCUCGGAGAGGCUGGGCUCCUCCGUGGGACCCGGGGAAGACGCCAAGGUGAAGGUCUACUUCACGCCGACCCGCUCGGGGCUGAGGAAGCUGGUGGUCGACUUCGACAGCAACCAGCUGUGUCACGUCAAGGGAUACAGAAACGUCAUUAUUGGAAAAUAAAAGCUUUACAGUCCGAUAAUAAUAAUGCAGCUACUCCGAAGUCAGGGCUGUUCCCCGUUUAGCCGUCUAGAGAGGCGGAUGCUUCUAACACAUGCUUUUCUAUUCCUGAGUCUCCCCGUAUAUCCUGAUUGCUUCAUGUACAUCUAUUGUUAUGAAUGUGAAUGCUUUGUACUCAUUAAGGCUAAUCAAACCUGCGCAUGCACAACUUUUAACAUGUGCUGUGAUCUGAAGUGAUGGAGAGCAUUUUAAGUACUAUGUACUACUUUUAUGCUUCUUUUUGUGCCACGAUUAAAAGACAACUGGACUUUUGACCUUGA